AUGGCAGCAUAUGAACCUGAUCCGUCGCUCCAACUGCACUAUACCACGCCCGCUGCCGAGUGGGCACAGGCGCUUCCUGUCGGCAAUGGCCGAUUUGGUGCCAUGAUCCAUGGGCGGACCGACACCGAGCUCCUGAGUUUGAAUGAGGACUCGGUGUGGUACGGGGGGCCGCAAGAUCGCACGCCAAGAAAUGCCCUCGAGAAUUUACCGCGCUUGCGCCAGUUCAUUCGGAACGGGCUCCAUCGCGAGGUCGAAAAGCUGAUGACAACAGCGUUUUACGGCGCGCCGACAAGUAUGCGGCACUACGAGCCACUGGGAACCUGUCACAUUGAUUUCGACUACGGAGAUGUCAACCAGGAGGUUACAAAUUACCGUCGUGUCCUUGACUUGGGGAAUGCCACUCAGUCUAUCUCUUACCAGGUGGCAGCACAGGGUGGCAACUCUAGUCCCAUUAAUGUUAAGCGAGAAAUUAUUGCUAGUUAUCCUGACCAAGCCAUGUUGAUGAGAAUCACGUCGGGCAGGAAAAUCCGCCUUGUUCUAAGGCUAGCUAGGUCGAACGAGGUGGAACACCAGACAAAUGACUUCGUCGACACCAACCGUGCGAUAGACAACACAAUCGUCCUACAUGCAACACCAGGCGGGCGCGGAAGCAACCCUUUGUGCUUGGCGCUCGGCGUCGUCUGUGAUGACGACGGCUCAAUCGAGGUUUGUGGAAAUUCCUUGAUCGUCAACUCUGCAUCCUGCAAGGUUGCCCUCGGCGCACAGACGAGAUAUCGCUGCAAAAACGUUGAGGCCGAAGCUAUGAAUAACGUUCUUUCCAUAUUGUGCAAAUCUUGGGAGGCAGCAUUGUCAGCUCAUGUCGAAGAUUACCGGUCACUGUUCGGCCGCAUGAGUCUCAGGAUGUCGCCCGACGCAAACAAUGUACCCACCGACAAACGUAUUCUAGACCAUCACGACCCGGGUCUCUUCGCUUUGUAUCACAACUACGGCCGGUAUUUGCUGAUUUCCAGCAGCCGCGACGGAUACAAACCUCUACCAGCAAAUCUUCAAGGUAUCUGGAACAAUUCGUUCACACCGCCUUGGGGCUCAAAAUAUACUAUCAAUAUCAACACCCAGAUGAAUUACUGGCCAGCCCCUGUCUGUGGACUGGCCGAAUGCAUGAUUCCUCUCGUGGAAUUACUGGAACGCAUGGCGGAAAGAGGUCGAAAGACGGCGCAGGUGAUGUACGGCUGUCGCGGUUGGUGCUGCCACCACAACACCGACAUAUGGGCCGAUACCGACCCGCAGGAUAGGUGGUUGCCAGCCACAGUCUGGCCCUUUGGCGGAGUGUGGAUCUGCAAUGAUGUGGUUCAGCUACUGCACUACCAUUAUGAUCCAACCCUCCAUCAGCGAUUGAGAUCUAUACUCAGGGGCGCUGUUGAAUUUCUUCUUGACUUCCUGAUCCCUUCGGACUGCGGCCAAUAUCUUGUUACGAACCCAUCUUUGUCUCCCGAAAAUUCGUAUAUCGAUUCAUCUGGUGAAGCUGGCAUUUUUUGCGAAGGCUCAGUAAUGGAUAUUGAUCUAGUCCGGACAGCUUUCAGGCUGUAUGUUUGGAGUGAGGAAACCCUCCGCACUCCGGCAGCCGAGAGUGAUAUUCUCUCAAAGGUUCGAGAUGCACUGGGUCGUCUCCUACAACCUAUCAUAAGCCCUGCUGGUCGGAUCCAGGAGUGGGGUUUGAGGGAUUAUGGCGAGCUCGAGCCUGGCCACAGACACACUUCACACCUAUUUGGACUCUAUCCGGGUGACUCAUUACGAAAUGAUCCAGCUUUAUUGGAUGCUGCCAGGAAUGUUCUGGCCCAUCGCGCCGCGCACGGUGGUGGCCAUACAGGUUGGAGUCGUGCUUGGCUUAUUAAUUUGCACGCCCAUCUGCCCGACCCUGACGGCUGUGGCCAGCACCUCCACAACCUCCUCACAACGUCGACACUGCCGAACAUGCUCGACAACCACCCCCCUUUCCAAAUCGAUGGCAACUUUGGCGGCUGCGUUGGGAUCCUGGAGUGUCUCGUUCAGUCGCACUUCCAGUUCGAGGACAACGACACUGUAUACGUGACGCUGCUGCCAUCUCUUCCGCCGGACUGGAAGCAGGGACGGGUCGAGGAUGUUUGCGUCAGGAGAGGCUGGUCAGUCUCGUUCCAAUGGAAGGAAGGCAAAAUUGUCAACCCGAUCAAUCUACGAGCCAGCGCAGCGGCCCUCCAAGAAUGUAAGAAUUUCUGUACCCGGUGGCACGGCGGUUCUAGUUGA